AUGGCGUGUCUGCUCAUUUGGGAGCAGCUACACCCUCUGGUGUAUCUUGGAGCGUCCUCUUCAUCUGGUGCUGAUGCACCAGCCACAGCAGCUCCAGCUGCCCCCAGCCAGUUUCAAAUUGGCAACAGCGAGGGCAGCAUCGCCAAUACCGUUUCCUACGACAGCAACGACAGUAAACGCAACAUGAACAGCAGCGACUCGUUGCUGAAUUCGCUUUCUGAACAACUGGAUUCGGUAGCCGCCUCUCUAAAACCAAACGCAGAGCCAGUAGUCUUUCCCCCCCUAUCCCCAAGGGAGGUUGCGCAUCUGGAGUCGCGUCUGGAAUUGGUAUUCUUCUGUCUCUCUAUGACGAAAAGACACCUCAUCGCCAAUGUUGCCCUUCUCAAACAGCUUAUCGCCGCAAAAGCGCCCAAACUAGACGACUUGUUGCAGGCAUGGGCUCAGGCUACAUGGGCUGGUUGCUACAACGAGGCUCUAUCCUUCCCACCUUCUAUCUCGCUCUCCGAUAUAUCUCAUGAUGAAGCAAAGGCCCUUAUGACGCCCCAAAAAACGCCGAUGAAGUUUUCUCAGCGAACACUUCUGGAUAUCGAUCAAGCCAUUGCGGCACUUGCAGUCAGCCAGGACACCGAGUGCAUGCUCUACGGUUCAGAAUUUGGGUAUAGGGUUGCGCCAGUUGGCUGGGGCCGAAGGGCAGAGGGCACGAUGCCUUCAGCUUGGCAAAGGACGAACUGGAGGGACAGCUGGUGGUUUUCUUGUGGCUGUGUGAUGCUGAUUUUCUGCUUCCUUCUUUUUGGAGGCAAGAAAGUUGCAAGAGCAUACAGAAAGCGACACCGCGGCAAGGCAGCACCUCGAGAACAGCCCCCUUUAAACAACCCAAAGCAACUCUGA